AUGGGUCGUCAUCAGAAAGCAGUGGGCAUGGCGACUGUAGCUUUGGCCGUGGUAGCAUGUUUAUUGAGCGUCGGAAUCGGGAAGGCCGGAGCCAGCGUGAGUUGCAGCGACGACUCCGUUAGUGACGUUUCGGGGUGGGGGAGUUACGUCAUAAACAUUGUGACGAUGUUGGCUCGAGAGACGCCCAGCCAGCCGUUGAGAUCUCCGUACACGACCAACUACGCAGGCCAGGUGGAAGGCACAGCCACGUGUAAGGUGUCAGACAUUCAGUCAUGCAUAGACUGUAUGAACCGUCUUCAGGGGCACCUCCAAUCUGGUACUUGUCUCACCAGCUCAACCGGAAGCGCCACUGAUUCCUCUACGUCUUGCACCAUGUCUUUCCACAAACUCUAA